GUUUCAGUAGGUAGUUGGACCGAAAAUCCUAGCCGAAAAUCAAUAGCUAAAGUUAUUUUUAAGUGGAUUGCACAUCAAUUGACUGCCUGCUCUUCAAUCUACGUUGUAUGGUGAUUGUGUAGCGAAGUAGUGUUUGAGUAUUCCUUUCGUGCGGUUGGGCAGCCCAUCAUAGCCACAGCAUCAAGCAACGAUAACAAGAAACACUACGAAAAUGGAUGACCUGAUCACGCUCAUUCGCACCGAGAUUCCGGAGGGUCGAAAGAAUCUGCAGGAGAGCUACUCGAACCUUGAGCGUGUGGCCGAGUAUUGCGAGGAUACCUACUAUCGCUCCGAUAACAAAAAGGCAUCGCUGGAGGAGACGAAAAACUACACCACGCAAUCGCUGGCCAGCGUCGCGUACCAGAUCAACACGCUGGCGUACAACUUUCUACAGCUGAUGGAUCUGCAGGCAACGCAGAUGGCGGAAAUGGAGUCGCAGAUGAACCACAUUUCGCAAACGGUGAUGAUCCACAAGGAGAAGGUGGCCCGCCGUGAGAUCGGCGUGCUGACGGCGAACAAGGUCAGCUCGCGCCAAUACAAGAUCGUCGCACCACUCAACCCGGAGAAGCCCAUCAAGUACGUGCGCAAGCCGAUCGACUACACGCUGCUGGAUGACGUCGGUCACGGCAUCGCACUGAUGAACAACAAUCAAAAGAAGCAUCGCGUGUCGAGCCAGGGCUCGAUCCAGUCGACUAUGUCGCCGGCAGUGUCGGUCGGUCCGCCACCGACAACCAAGCCACCGACGCCUCCACAAAUGCAACGCAACUCCGGCCACACGGGCACGCUCGGGAAGGCGGUCAGCAACACUGGCACACUCGGCAAAGCUUCGCGCGAGUAUCGCACCCCGCCGGUCGUUGUGCCACCGCAGGUUCCCUCGCACUACGCACCAAACUAUCCCGUUGGUCAUCCGAGACGCACAUCCGGCGGCGGUGGUGCUGGUGAACGCGGGCCCGGCUACAGCGCGCUUCCGCUGCCGAUGCCACCGAGUCAGGUGGUGAUGCACCACCCACCGCAAAUCGGAAUGGUGCAUCCGAUGCAGUCCGGACCGGUGACGCAGCAUCAAUCAACGUUCGAGGAACGCAAUAGCAUGCCACCCCCACCAUCGCCGUUGACCGUUGCGCACGAGAUGCCGGAUCACAGUCAUAUCGGCAUGCAUACGCUGAGCCGCAACAUGCCCCGUCCGGGCUCGCAGUCACCGCCGUUGCCGCCUCCACCGCCGCCAGAAGAAUCGGACCACGCCGACUUCGGGCGUCCGCGUAACACCCAGAGCAGCCUGGUCGCACCGAUCGUGCCGGACGAUCAGAACCUACCCGGCUGGGUGCCGAAGAACUACAUCGAGAAGGUGGUCGCCAUCUACGACUACUACGCCGACAAGGACGACGAGCUCAGCUUCCAGGAGAGCUCCGUGCUGUACGUGCUCAAGAAGAACGACGACGGCUGGUGGGAGGGCGUCAUGGACGGUGUGACCGGACUCUUCCCCGGCAACUACGUCGAACCGUGCGUCUAAUGGAGGAACCAACGAGAAUAACGUUGGAUUUCUAUAAGCAUAGUGGCGCACUUCCGCGGUUGGAACGGGGCCGAAUCAAAAUGUACCGCUUUGGAAAGGGUUUCCAUUUCGCGACUAGCUUAAUUAUCCCAACAUUAUUUACCCCAUUAAUUUUUCGUUGCACGUUACGAUUACAAGUACCCGAUUGGAAAAGAAGUGAGUCGCAGUGGGAAGUAGGUUUAUUUUGCAAUGCACACUCAUCGUGCAUCAGUUUAACAUGCAUAUACGAGCUCUAUUUUAUAUUUAAAAUCCUUCUGCAUUUAAUUGUCCCAACGUGGCCAACACGAAUCGGGCCGAUGUGGUGCGUUACGUUUUCUUUUCGUUUCCGUUUCGUCUCAUUCGGUUAGAUCGUACAAGAAAAUAAGCUACGAACAGCGAGGGGACAAAAGGCGAAAGGGUUCAUGACUAAGUAUAAAAGCGUAUAAUAUUACAUUCGUACUCAUAAACAUCGUAUCGGAUAGUGUAAUCGGCAGUAGGUUAGGUAAGCAUCCGGUUUCAUCCGGAAUACACACAGAUGGAAAAGCAUUGUAUAUCGCGUGAAGCUAAUGUGCUAAGGCUUGCUGAGUAUUAUGAAGUGAAAGUAAAUGCAACCGAACCCCGGUAUGUCGCCGUGUCGUUCCAGUUUCGGUGAUCCGCCAGGAAACUGCCCGCUUGUUCACUUAUUGAUGGCGAUGGUGAAUCCAUCGGCGAAUUUGUCAGCUGACACUCCUGCGGAAGUGCAUGAGUGACAAACAACUUCCAAACAAAAGAAGCUAAGCGUGUUCUAAAGUCAGUUGAAGCAUGCAGCCCUUCACAUAGCUUAAGGAGCAAUCGUUGCUUUAGAAACUCUUUUAAGAUCUACAUAAAGGAUUUGUACUACAGAAGAAUAGUAUGCCGAUGUGAGUUUUUCUUUUUAUUACAUGAUUCACUAUAUGCAAUGAGUUGGUUCGAUCAGGGCUUUGUUGCUUGUGCGUAUUAUUAUAACAUGUUAAAGAUUU